CGUGGCCCAAGCGCAUGAGCCAGAGCAACACCACCACCGCCGCCGCCAUCAUCAGCCGUAGCCGUCAUCAUCACCAUUGCCAUCGUCAGCGUCGAGUGCUGCUGCAUCGCCUCUGUCCCUCUCUUCAGGCAGAAGGCCCGACUCGUACGCAGCCCAUCACUAGCCUCGCACCUCACACGCGCCAUCUACCAUCAUGGCCACGCGCCCCGCUCGUCGUCCCCUCAUCUCCUUGCAAGCCCAUCUGCAGUCGCUUCUUCUCACCACCUCCCUCGAUUCCACCACCAGCGGCAGCUCCUUUGGCGCGCAGAGUAUCGCUGGUCCGUCAAACCUCUCCCAGACUCCAGGAGUAGACUACACCCAGGACAAUCUGCAGCAGCUUGGCCCCAUCAUCAAGAGUCUCGAUGAGGCGGCUCAAGCUGAUGCCUUUCUCCGGCUACUAAGGGAAUUCGCCAAGACAGAAGAGGCGAGGAUCAAGACAAUAUGUGAUGAGAAUAGUACAGACUUCGUAUCGGCGGUAGACAAGCUCCUCAAGGUCCGGUCGAGUACCAUCAGUCUCAAGCACAAGAUCGGUGAGCUCAAUCAGGAGGUUCAGGCAGGAGGAGCAAGUCUAGGGGGAAAGAAAAAGCAGCUGCUAGAAUCUCAGCGGACGAUGAACAAAGUGGACGAAGCGAUUGAGACACUGCAGCUAUGCCUCAAAGUUCUGGACAUGGCAAACAGGAUCGAUGGUCUGAUAGAGGAGCGCAAGUACUACCCAGCUCUCAGGUCGCUGGAAGAGUUGGAAGCGCAUCAUCUUGCGCCCCUCCUGGCGCACGAUUUUGCCCACUAUCUCCACUCGUCAUUGCCGUCUAUGCGUUCGCGUAUCCGUCAGUCAGUGGUCAGGGAGAUGAAGGAGUGGCUCUUUGAGGUCCGUCAGAAGUCAAGAACAGUCGGCAAGAUAGCGCUGAAAGCAAUGGAAGAUCGACAAAAGAAGUGGCGGGUGAGAAGCGAGAGGAAAGGCACAGACGUUCUUAAGCUAUCGAAGGUCAACGGACCUGUCGAAAGUGUCUACAAUGAGCGUACAGAAUACUCCUUCAUGGACAAUGAAGAAGUCCGGAUCGACUUCGAGCCUCUAUACCAGUGCAUUCAUAUCCAUGACGUCCUCAACCAGCGAGAAGAGCUACAGAGGAACUACCAAGAAGAUCGCAGAGCUCAAGCGAACCUACUUCUGUCACAAGGCCUUUCCUUCCACCCUUCCAAUCCGACCUUUCCCUCUCUGCUCGAAGAGGUAGUCGGCUUCUUCCUGGUCGAACAUCACGCCCUCGACACGUGUCCAGCCGGCUUCAGGAGCGAGCAAGAAGUCGACGAUCUAUGGGACGACAUGUGCGAAAGGGUGGUCGACAUAGUCAGCAUUGGCCUGAGGGACUGCAAGGACACACGGACAUUCGUAGGCACAAAGGCGGUGGUGCAGACAUUCAUUCAGACUCUCGAAGGCUACUCUUUCUCGGUCAGCAAGUUGAAUGCGCUCCUUCUUACCCUCUUUGAACGGUAUGCUCAUCUAUUGCGGGAUCGAUUCACCGCAGACUUCCAACGAGCUGUCAGGGAGUCAGAGCAUCAGCCAAUGGUGGUCAACAAUGCUGAAGAGCUGGAGAAAGUACUCAAUGUCUGCUGGCUCAGACCUGGGGAUGCAGAAAGUCUCAGGGAGCAGUCGCUUCCACUGGCAUUGCCCUUCUCGCAAACGUAUCCACUUUGCUGCAUGGAUAUCAGGAACCUGGUCGACCAAUACUACACAUUCUCUGAUGGAUUCUCACAGCAUCAUCGUGACAUCGAUGACAUUCUGAAGAAGUCGCUUGACGAGCUCCUCAUCCAGCAGGUUUCCACAGCCAUCCGCACUUCCGUCGAGACCAUCUCCAAUCUCUCUCAGAUUACCCAAGUAGUUGUCAAUGGUGAAUUCUUCCGUCUGGCUUGUACCCAGCUCGAGGCUCUUCUAGCAGCCCUCCGAGCGCCACACAGAGGAGGAAAGCUUCGACUCGAUGCGUCCAGCCACUUCAGUGCUACUCUCGACAUUGCACAGGCUAGGAUUGAUUCUGCCAUUGGCGCUAAGCUUCUGGAGUUCAUCGAUUUGGAGGACAUGGACUGGACACCUAACACUGGUCUGCACAGGGGUGGUAUCGGGAGACCUAGUGGGUACAUUCUCGACAUGGUCACCUGGCUCGAGACGAUGAUGGAGAGCGUGCUGGUACUAUUGCCGAAAGACACCAAGAUGAAGGCGUACAGAAAUGCCUUUGCUUACAUCGCAGGCGAAUUGUUGGUGAGUACCUCUGACAGGCUGUGGUGAAAAGAGCGCGAGACAUGGCUCACAGAUGCAUCGUCUCGUGAUACACAGAACAACCACCUGCUCGCAACCGAGACUCUUUUGGUUAGCCCUGAUGGCCUCGCACAGCUGCACAAGGACGUUGAAGCUCUCAGCUCGGAAGCCAAUCGAGUCACUGGUCAGAACCUCGACG